AUGGCGAAGUCACUUAUCGAGUGGCUUGGCAAGUUUGUCGAGGCGGAACUCGAAGCAGUCUUAGCAUGGGACACAGCGUAUAGACGCGACCCACACGUGAAGCGAGAAGCGUCACGUUUUGACGAUGACGGCAGCAAUUUUCGAAGCAUUAUCGAAUCACCACCUUUAACAAGCGAGCAUAAGUUGCAGCUUCUACAGGUGCUGUCAUUGCGUAAUCCAGUCUCUGUACUGCUCUCCGACGGUCAUCACAGUGUGAAAGCUCUGCUCUCACAAGAAGCACGAGAUGCCCUUCAAGCUGAAUUGGGAGACAACCUUGAUCUGGAGAUGACAGGUGAUGUCUUCUCUCCCACUACAGUGACGGUGGUUAGCACACCGUUCGGCGCUGUUGAUGGACACCUGCAGUUGUACAUUGAGGGGGUUCAGUACCACUACCAUUUGAGGCGGACUUGGGGUUCUCCUAAGCCAAUACAUGAGCAUCAGCCUUUGGCUCAUCUGCUAAAGCGUAUCAAGGACAUCCGCGCGAUUCAAUUCGCUGAUCAGUUCGAUGAUGACGACGACGUGGAUUGCGAGCGUCCAUCUCAAGCAGCACAUACGCAAGCGAGUGUGACACCAACCUUGAACCAAAGAAUCGCGACGCAAGCACACAUUCGCAGGAAGCCUACAGGUCCCAGCCUAGUUGACGACGGACUUGAAAUUGAGAAGGGUGAUAACCUGGCGAUGCCGGUGGUGGCACCAAUACAAUCGCGCGGAGUGAAACGAAAGCAAGCCACUGUCUCCACAACCAAUGGAGCGCAGCUGCUGAAUCUACUCGGUCGCAAAGAUGGCCACGCGGAAAAGGCUCGGAUCGUUGUUGCUCCCGAAGCGCCACCCUCUGCUCAACCUGUGACCAAUAUUGCAACACCAGCAGCACAAGAAACCAGUUCUUCAGGGGUCGAAGUCCCGAAUCCGCACACGUCUCCUGUCCAAGAUGCUCGACGCACUACCGGCGGCUCUUCGAAAGCCUCCAGUCAGACCCGGAUUCUAUACGGACGAAGGCCAAUCCCUCCAAAUCAGCACCGCUUGCUCGAUCGCAAGGAGUCGUGGUUUCCUGCUCUGCCUGGCUGGACUCACCCACAUCCAAACGUACCAAUAGACCUGCUUAAUGUAUGGAGUGCCCGGAUGACUUCGAGGAGCAAGGAGGCAAGACAGUCAACGCAAGCUGGGGCACACGUGCCAGCAUCAACUCCGUCUAGGCCAGCUACACAAGUGACCAACGUUGACGACUCAUCUAUGGAUACAUCGAGUGAUGAGGAGCUACCUGAAUCUCAAUGGCCAGCCUCUCAGACAACAACGAAGCGCAACGUCUUGCCACCUGACAGCACGAUUGGGAGUCGACCUUCGGCGCAAUCUGCUAUGGGAACGCCUAGGAAGCUUCCAUACCGGUCGCCUGACGAGCCGCAUCCCGCCAGUGCGAAGCCAACACCAACGAAACGUUCGAUAGAACGCGACCCAGCCAGCCAGCGCUCGUCGCAGCAGACUCCUAUGAGGCAUGCUUUGCCAGUGAAACCGCCGCCUGCUUUGGACAGUACUGCACUCGCUACUGUGGAAAGUACACAAUAUCCUUCGAGCAGCGAAGUAGAUUUGGAGCCUGUUGUGACUAGCCCGGCGUCGGCUUUGAGCUGUGCUCCAGCACCUGCCGUGCAAGGUACACAAUAUCCUUCCAGCAGCGAAGUAGACAUGGAGCCUUCUGUGCCGAGAGCACUGGACGACCCAACAUCACGACACCGUCAAGAGCGAUCCAAAUUCAUGAAGCAGGCCCAGCGACAGACGUGGGUCGAGCAAAAUUGCAAAUCCUCCCAGGCGAAUGUCCCGUAUAUUAAUGAUUUGAUCAAGGCAUACAACUCCGUCUUUACAAACGACGACAUCUCCAGAACAGAUAUGAGGACGAUUCUGGAAGCCGUGUUUCCCAAGCUUGGGACCGAGGGCUAUCUUAGCGUACGCAUCAAGCCUAAGAUAUCCCCCAAUCCACGGCCGGCCGGACAACAGCUCACUCGGCCAGGACGUGGCUUGUUCAGACAACAGUACGACGGUGCUGCUGACAACGCUGACGAUGCUGUAUCUGCAUCUAUGUCGGGCUCGACGAAACGACUACAGCGUGGCCAAACGGGAGAUGAUGGUGACGAGCGAUCGCCGUCGAGUCAACCAGGCUCAUUGGGUCGGCCACGCCACAUCGGCAGCGUUCAUUCACCAGCGCAUUUGUCUGGCUCAUCAUACAGACCUCGAUAUGGCGACGGUACCGACAACAGCGAUGAUCAGUCACGGUCCUAUGAACGAGAACAUAACAAAGUGCGCAUGUCACCAACCAAGAGCGCAGAUGACGCUGACGACGCUGUGACAGGUGCGCCGGCCGAAGUGGAGCCGACGGUGGCGACUGGAAGGAGAUCAGCGAUGACCAAGACCAUCGGAUCGGAAGUUAUCAAGGCUGAAGGCUCUGACGUUUACGAUGAAGACGAGUUUACGAACGAUGAGAUGAUGAGGAAUGGUGUCAAGCACCAAAGAGCGAAGCCUUCUUCGACUGCGCAUCCUGCAGGUGGUCGCAAGAUGGUGACGGAGGGCAGUGUGAGAUCGACGCCAGCACCUCGUGGACACGGCAGAGGCGAAGGCGAGCGCUCAUCACACGAGCACACCGAUGGGAUCCAAGAGGUGGCGAGAACGCCGUUCCAGGAAUUCAUGCUAGCGUACAAUAGUGUGAGGCCGGGCGGUGUUUUCGCCGUACGAAAGCAGAAGCAGCAUAGAGCGCGGAAGGAUUUGGGUAGGGUGGAUGUGCUUGCUUGGAAACUCUGA